AUGCCCAAAUCUGCAAACACCGCAGAUGAGUACGAUUUUGUCGACCAUGAAGAUACUGCGCUAAGUCCCGAACUCGUCGCUCAAUUGAGAGAGUGGCUCCAGCCUACCGAAUACCUGGCUGACUCUGGCGAGUAUCGUCGCCAUCUUCUUUCGCAAGCCCCAGGAACCGGACUCUGGAUUUGCAAGACCGAAGAGUAUCGAAAAUGGCAUGACUCUCCCGAUCAUGGUAGCCUCUGGAUCAAAGGCGUACCUGGCGCUGGCAAAUCUGUCAUGGCGGCCAGCCUCAUCCAGCAUCUGAAAGUCACUGAGAACUGUCCAGUACUUUUCUUCUUCUUUCGAAAUAUUGUCGCCGCCAAUUUCUCACCGCGAGCGCUCAUCCAAGAUUGGCUUGCUCAACUGCUCCCUCAUUCACCGAAAUUGCAGUUCGCACUCCAACCGCGUCUUGGGACGAGUCUGGAAGAGACAUCGGACAAUGACCUGAUCGAGCUUUUUCUCGAUGGUGUCUCGUGCGUACCGAAGUUAUACUGUGUUGGAGAUGCUCUUGAUGAGAUGUCAAGCGACAACAACCCAUUUUUGGAGAAGCUCAACAGUCUCGCUACCCAUCGGCCCAGAUCCCUCAAGUUGCUCAUGACGAGUCGACCAAAACAAUAUCUGCAGAGCACGCUUCGGGAUUCUUCGAUCGUUCAUGUCAGUCUCCAGCAGCGUCUCGUUGACGCCGACAUUCUCGCUUACCUGAACCAUCGCUUCGAUAUUUCUCUCCAGUCCGACAAUCAUCGCCAGCGAAAACAAGACCUCAUUGACAUGAUGGCGAAGAAAUCUGAAGGUCUUUUCCUUUAUGCGAAGCUGACUAUGGAUCAAGUCGAAGAGUCACUACAAUCCGAAAAGCCCAUCGAUCUCGUAGCCCUCGAGGCAUCUCUGCCGGUCGGGCUUGAGCAGACCUAUACGAGCAUACUGGCCAAGCAGCGUCGAGAGGCAGGAAUCACCACAGAUGUGCAGCUGCUAGUGCUAGAAGCUAUCACCCAUGCUUCCCGACCGUUGCGAUUGAACGAGCUUGCAAGUCUCUUGGAGUGUUUAUACCCCGAUCUCGCAAAACCAAAAGUCUUCAAACCAUUGAUUGCAACUAGCUGCGGGUCUUUGAUCGAGAUUCUCGAAGACGAGACUUUGCAGGUCAUUCAUCACUCUUUCACAGAGUUCCUACGCGGCGAUACUCGGAGCGUCCCCGAGGUGGGCGAACUUGGCUUUCCCAUCAUCGACUCGCUCCAGGCGCAUCGAAAGAUGGCCAUGAACUGUCUUCGAUACCUGCAGUCUGGAACGAUGCUGUUGGAAACCGAAAGGUCCGGCGCUGUUGCCUUGGAUCCGAACAUCACAUUCAAACCACCCAAGCACACUGUUGAUCCGUUUGACAGAACUCAAGAGGUCCAGGAAGACCCGUCCGACUACAGGAAUGCUCGACUACAACAUGCAUUCCUUGGUUACGCAGUGGAAAACUGGUCGUACCACUCAAGCUUCUAUGAUGUGGCGGAUGACGACUUCUUUGAGGCCGUAACCAGCUUUCUUAACCCUCAAAGCAUUUCUUUUCUACGAUGGCUUGUGUUCCAAUGGGGCGCCACGUCCAAGGAGAAAGGCUCCACCGUUGGGAUUCCAACGUCCCUUCAUCUCGCAGCAUUUGCAGGGCUGUCCGAGUUUGCCGCAAAACUGAUACAGCAGAAGGCAUUCGUGUCUGCAAUUGACGCUCAAGACCGCACUCCUCUCCAUUGGGCCUCUGCGAAUGGUCAUGUCAAAGUCGUAGCCAUUCUUCUCCAACAUGGCGCUGACCCCGAUGCUGAAGAUGGAAGAGGAGUCAAACCACUCCACCUUGCGACUCUCAGGUGCCGACCAGGAGCAGUGAGGCUACUGCUUGAAGCAGGUGUGGACCCGGCUACAGCUAAGACAAAGGAAGAGCACCUGGGAUUCAAUCGAUGUGGCUACAAAAGGACCAAAGGGGAUUGUGCUCUGAAGUACGCCGGUCGAACAGGACACGUCGACACUGUCCUAGCUUUGGCACCGUUUUGUGACCAGCCCAAACUGGAAAAGAUGUUGUGUCUACUGUGCGAAAAUGGCCGCUCAGAUGCUGUUUCAGCGCUGCUGAAUAACUCACCAGUCUCACCCGACGCCAUGUAUCAAGAAACAACAGCGUUGUAUUUGGCGUGCAGGUCAACAAGCCUCAAGUGUGUCGAAGCACUUAUCAAUCGAGGCGCAGAUACCCGAAAGCUGUCAAAGUGGUCUUCGGAAGAGUACAGCGACAGGCCACUCGAUCUAGUUGCAAAAGCACCGAUUCACGAACUGGCGCAUCAGUGGGAAGAGUCCAAUGAUUCUGAGUGCCAAGGCAUCUUGAAAUUGCUCCUGAAAGCCGGAGCCGACAUCGACCAGCCUAACAGUCAAGGCAACACUGCUUUGCUGGAAUUGGCAGGCUUUCGUCGAAGCCUUUGGAACAAUUCUGGGAAAUGCUGCGCUGCUGUCAAGCCUCUGAUUGAGGUAGGGGCUGACGUCAAAGUCACUGAUAAUACCCUGAGUAAAGAUCUGGAUGUAAAUGGGCAAGGAUGCGCGAGUAGCGUUUUGCACCGCGUUGCUCGCAACACCCGAGAUUUGGAAGUCAUCAAGAUUUUGGUGGAGAAGGGCUGCGACCUGAAUGACAGGAAUGGCGAGGGCGAAACGGUACUUCUCUCGACCCUGAAUUGGAGACGACCUAAUUAUCGAAUCGAAUCAGAAGAGAGGACUCGAACUAUUGUUGAAUAUUUACUCGAAAAAGGCGCAGAUCUGUCUUGCAAGGACUACGAGGGCAAUACCCCACUGUCUCAUGCACUGAGUCUUGGACCCAGCAUCUUCAAGCUUCUCUUCUCUCAAUGUCAUGAUAUGGAAAUGAAGAAGGAAAGCUGGUUCUCGUUAUCCAGUGUUAGGCCGAGAUGGACCGACAAGUUCAAACAAUGUCUCGAGAUGUUCUUGGAUGAGGGGUUUGAUAUUGAGACAAAGGAUAUAUGUGGAAGGACAUUGUAUCUACGGUGUUGUGAAAAGUGCUCCUGGGAGAGAUUAGAGAUCUUACGGGAUCGCGGAGCCAGAGUUGACGCGAAGGAUAACGAUGGGAACAAUGCUUUGCUCCAUUACUGUCUUUUGUCGAGAAAGCGGUGGGAAGACUUGAAGCAACUUGUUGUGGAUGGGGUCAGUCCUUUCGAGACGAAUAAUAACGGCGACAACAUCCUUCACCUUAUUGCAAGAUGGUAUGCCGGAACAAAGGACCGUGCGGAGUUUGUGCACUGGCUUGUCAAUUUGGGAGUUCCGGUGAAUGCCGUCAACAAUCAAGGGUCUACUCCGUUACACUUGUAUCAAGACCAAGAGCCACGACGGACCAUUGGAGACACACAGGAGCGCUAUCACUUUAUCAAGAUGCUUAGCAGUCGCUCCGCUGUCGACUUGAAGAUCCUAGACAACGAUGGCUUUACCCCUCUACACAUAGCAGCCACCAGAUCGGAAACUGAAGUGGCCCAGCUGAUAGGCCAAGACGUCGAUGUGAAUUUUCGCACUUCAGACUCGCAGAACGCUUUGCAUAUGGCCUGUCACGCGCGCAAAUCGAAUAUCGUUGCUCAGCUCCUCAAACAAGGUAUUGACAUCGACCAGCAGGACAACGAUGGUAGAACACCGCUUUUCUACGCCUGCAGCUCUGGGGAGGUGGAAAUCGUGGAUUGCCUAUUAGAAAGUGGCGCUUCGCCUCAUUUUGAGGCUAUUGAUCGCUCAACAGUCCUUCACGCUUGUGCAGAUGUUGCAUCUGAGCAGUGUAUGCGGAACAUCAAGGGCAGACGAUCGCAUUGGCUGCGAGCUCGAUCCCAAAAUGAACUCCGACCAGGUGAUCCCUCAAGCCAAGUUGAUAAACCCUGGCUCUGGUGUGGCUCCAAAAAGCCUCCUCAGGUGGCCCUUCGCAGACAAUUCUCACCUACUCUUGCAAGAAUUAUUGAGACUAUCAUCAACGCUGGCGUUAAUGUUGGGCAACGUAAUAAUGAAGGGUUAACAGCUCUCGACAUCGCCCUAUCUACAGGUUAUACCGGCUUUGUCGAGGUAUUUUACCGAUCGAAAUCGCUCCUCCAAAAGGCUACUGAGUAUUUGGACACCAGUGAUUUAGCUCCCGAGGCCAUUGAAAAGGCGCGCCAGAGAAUCAAAGUGCAGAUGGCGUUGAUGUUGCCGAGCCCUCGCUUAGAGUCUCUACGACAGGAUGGUGCCGCCUUCCGGGUGCUUUUAGAAAAUCCUCGCACUGCACUGGGAUUACUUUCGAUCGAUGAGACAUCUACACUGAUUAACGAGGCCUUCCGAGCUGAUCCAGUAUCAGAGCCAGUCUACACGCUACUUUCGCGGUUGAUGCAAUCGAGUCGUUUACAGAACAUUGACCACCUGGCUGUUAUCGAGAGGAUUCCAAGUCUUGUGAGUUAUUACAGCAGCGCUGAAGGUGUAAGAGCCAGGUUCGAGGCGGCCAGAUCGGAACAUAACUUUGCCAGCAAAACCGUGAAGAAUGCUCUCGGAAUGGCUUGUUCCCAUAAAGAAUCGAACCUUCUGACUCUGAGAACGCUAGUAGAGAAAUUAAAGGUGGACGUCAAUGUUCAUUUUGUAUGUCGCGCUGUGGAUGAUGGCUAUUUGAAUUUUGAAACGGCUGGGGGAGGAAUAGCUCUACAUGUCCUAGCGUCAGCAGGCCACUUCUGGCAGUUAGAGGCUUUGAAAUAUCUUCUCGACCACGGCGCCGAUAUCAACGCUGUCAAUCGGAAGGGAGAAACCCCUCUUCAUAUUGCGUCUGUGGGGUUGCAGCCGAGUACUGAAUCAGACGGACUAUGGUCAUUGGAUGCUGUCAGAAUCCUUCUGGAUCGCGGUGCUGACAUUAAUGCUCUCGACAGUGAAGGGCUAUCUGCUCUUCACAAGGCGUCCUCGUCUCCGCGUAUCACACUGGAGCUCCUGAAUCGCGGCGCAGAUGUCAGUAUCGGCGCCAAGAGCCCGCUGUUCUUUUGCAUUCGCGACCAAAAUCUCGAAACGCUCGAGAUACUCCUGCAACACGGCUUGAGUCCAGAUGUUGUCGACGAGAAACGUCAAAGUGUAGAGGUCGCCAUGGAUCCGACAAAACGUCACAAGGUGUAUCCUCUGUUCUGCACCGCAUUUGCCGAGCCGGGUCCCAAAGGUUGGCUCAACUGGCUGCCAGACACACUCCCGCUACUGGCGUGUCUCAUCAAGUCCGGUGCUGACAUCUAUCUUCCUUUGAAUGAGGAUGAGACGUUGAUACACUUUCUCUUCGAAUUUCCGGAACAUGAGGUACUUGAGGUCUUAGUAGAGGAACCUUGUGCGUCAAGAAUAAAUUUCGAUCGUCGUGAUCAGCAAGGCCGAACUGUUCUCAUGGCAGCUUGCGACUGGCAGAGAUGCCUAGGAGAUCAUCCGCGAAAAUCUAGACAGGCUCCAAAGAUAUACAAGACAGGGCCACCCUUGGAGAUUUUGAGUCUUGGAGUCGAUGCCACUCUAGCUGAUCCAUCUGGAAAGACUGCGUUGCAUCAUUUGUUGAGCAAUCCUGGAUUCCCGGACGUUGUUCUUCUGGAAUUUAUCGAUCGAAAGGAGGUAGCGCCUACGUUAUUACAGAAAGACGGACAAGGCUUUUCGCCGUUACAUUACGCUCUUGGUACCCUACGUCCAGCUAUUUGCGAAGCUCUGUUGGACAAGGGUGCAGACUUGUUAGAGCCUGAUCCGCAAGGUCGUACGGCAUUACACUACAUUGCCUCGCAGUGUCUCCUCCAGGACAGAGCAACGUCGCCUUUUGGACGCCACACGCACGAGCUGGCAGAUAACUUCUUCGAAGGAUGUGUUUCUCUAUGGCAGAGGUACCUUUCUUUGGGUGGCUCAAUCAAUGCGGUUGACUCAGCUGGAGAAACCCCGCUGCAUGCAUAUUUGUCCAUGUUGGACCCGCACAGAGAGCAAGAAAAAGUGCAUUGUCAUGUGGAACAUUACAAUUCAUUCUUCCCGGAAAAUACCGGCGUUGAUGUUUUUGCAGUGAACAAUGCCGGAGAGACGAUGUUGCAUAAAAUUGCGGCCAGACCAGUAUCGAGGUACUUGUUGGAUGGACACGACAAGGCCUUGUUUUUGAUGAUGAUGGACAAGGGAUUGGAUCCGUUGAAGGAGGAUACGAAGGGGCGAAGUGCAUUGGAUGUUGCAAGUGCAUGUGAAAAAGAUGAUAUUGUUGGAUUACUUGGAAGAACGUCACUGAUCGACGUUGGGUAUUUAUCGGAGCCGCAACAAUUUCCGCAAUAA